AUGCUGAUCCAUAAUAGCUCCUUGGCCGACGAGAUCUACGCCCUCAACGCCAUCUACGGUGAGGGUCAGUUUGUCGCAACCUAUUCCGAUGCGCACCACACGACCGUGUCAAUGCGACUUCCUGGGCUCAGCUAUUCAUUCCUGCUCCAUGUUCUGGACAACUAUCCUCAAUCGCCUCCGAAGGUACUCGGAGUCGACAACCUCGUGGAGAGCUUGAAGCAGGAAGUCCAACAAAAUGCCGUCUACUUGGGAGCGUGUGUCCAGGCCGUCCACUCGUGCGAAACUGUGUGUCUAUACGAUGCCAUCGAGGAGUUCCAGACUGUUUACACAGUCCUGCAAGCGCAUACUCGUCAAUCUCGAGACCCGAGAGAGGACGCGCAACUGAAUUCGGCUAAAAGAGCCAUCAUACUGAAAGAUUUGGCAGCCCGAGCCAGGGCGAAGGCGUCUGCAGGAGGCCACGAAAGCAUCACCACGGAUUCACGGUUCGAUGUAGUCGACUGUGUUGUUUGUAUGGACGCUUUCUUCAGAGUCGACGUCGUGAGCUUGGAGUGCCGUCAUUUAUUCUAUGGUGCCCGGAACAUGUUCAAGACGAGAAGCGAGAUCAAGUGCUGCGGGCAGAGUGUACCACUCAAAGUGAUUCGCGAGCAUGGCGGCCUCGACGCAGAGGCUGUUGACGUCCUCGCCCACUGGCUUGAGGAAGUCCACGCCCCGAACCCGGUAUAUUGCCCGUGGGAAGACUGCCUGGCGCACAUUCCGAGUUUUUGGGUCAAGGGAGACUACGUCAAAUGCCCUUUCUGUAAGAAGAGGAUGUGUAUGGGCUGCAGGGGAAAGGAACACAGCGGGUUAUGCAUGCGAGACAAGAAGCUAGAGAGGCUCAUCAAGAGACAGAAAUGGAAGUUCUGCCCCGACUGUGGGCAUCUCGUCGAAAGGAAGGAAGGAUGCAACCAUAUGACCUGCGUUUGCUCCUCCGAGUUCUGCUAUCGAUGCGGAAAGACUUGGGAGAGGAGCGGACCGACCUGCGACUGUGGGUUCUUUCGACCACUUGAUUGA